AUGGAUCGAUCUCAGUUGGAGGUUUUUGUUCGGGCACUGUCCCGUAUGGCCAGUUGGUCAUUAUCCUUCUUUCCCCAACCUCUUUCGAUGUGGCGACGUAAAUCAACAUCGGGCGUCUCGAUCGAUUUCGGCUUUAUCAACUUGCUCGGGUUCAUCUGCUACACUAUCUACACAUCAACCUUCCUCUAUUCCCCGAUGAUUCGGUACCAAUAUGCGGCCCGACACCCUGCUGCCAAUGAACCAACUGUUCGCUUGAAUGAUUUAGCCUUUGCGGCAGGUGGGGUUCUGAUGUGCCUCUUGAUGUACUUGAUGUUUUGGCCCAGUCUUUCGGGUCUGCAUGUUCCUCGUCGCCAGCGGGUCAGUUGGACCAUGAGAGGGUUUUCUUGUGGCUGCGUGGUAGCCCCUCUGGUGGUGAUCUGCAUUGUGUUGGGUCGGAGCCCGGAUGGAGGAAACAAUCCUUUUACUUGGGCGUGGAUUGACGUGAUCUACGCCUUUUCAUACGACAAACUAGCCAUUACGACGAUCAAGUAUAUCCCGCAAGCAUGGUUAAAUUACCAGCGCCAAUCGACCGUGGGAUGGAACAUUUGGACCAUUAUAUUGGAUUUGAUCGGAGGAGUUCUGUCGUUAGUGCAGCUGGUUCUGGACUCCAGUCUCCAAAGCGACUGGAGUGGUAUCACGGGCAAUCCCGCGAAGUUGUUGCUCAGCAACAUCACCAUCUUUUUCGACCUUGUUUUUAUCGUUCAACACUACAUCCUGUAUCGAGAUGCUGCGGACCCCAAGGCACAGCCCGGGCCGGAUUCGACCACCCCUUUGCUAGACGAUUCCUAUGGCCGAGUUUAG